UUCCGGGGGCGGCCCCCGGGGAGGUCGGCGGCGGCGCCGCAGUCGUGGAGGGGCGGUGGGAGCGUAAGCGGCCGCGGGCGACGCAAGUUCCGCACGGGGCUCUCCUUUCCUCGUCUCACGCUUCUCCUUCCUCUCGCAUAGUCGCGUGCUGCCUCCCCACGGCGGCUCUUCCCGGCAAGAGCUUUCGGAGUGCGGUUGCUGAGGAGAAGCAUCGCCAGCUCGUCUUGGGGCCGAGUGAGGGUGCCUGUCGCACCGCGUCGCCCCCUGCGCUGCCUCCUUGCCCCCAGUGGUGGGCGCCCUUCUCGUUCGAAGCACUCCCCCCAGCUCCAUGAAUGGAAAUCGGCUCCGCAGGACCCGUUGGGGCCCAGCCCCUACUCAUGGUGCCCAGAAGACCUGGCUAUGGCACCAUGGGCAAACCCAUUAAAUUGCUGGCUAACUGUUUUCAAGUUGAAAUCCCAAAGAUUGAUGUCUACCUCUAUGAGGUAGAUAUUAAACCAGACAAGUGUCCUAGGAGAGUGAACAGGGAGGUGGUUGACUCAAUGGUUCAGCAUUUUAAAGUGACUAUAUUUGGGGACCGUAGACCAGUUUAUGAUGGAAAAAGAAGCCUUUACACAGCCAAUCCACUUCCUGUGGCAACUACUGGGGUAGAUUUAGAUGUUACUUUACCUGGGGAAGGUGGAAAAGAUCGACCUUUCAAGGUGUCGAUUAAAUUUGUCUCUCGGGUGAGUUGGCACCUACUACACGAAGUACUGACAGGACGGACCUUGCCUGAGCCACUGGAAUUAGACAAGCCAAUCAGCACUAAUCCUGUCCAUGCCGUUGAUGUGGUGCUACGACAUCUGCCCUCCAUGAAAUAUACGCCUGUGGGGCGUUCCUUUUUCUCAGCUCCAGAAGGCUAUGACCACCCCCUGGGAGGGGGCAGGGAAGUAUGGUUUGGAUUCCAUCAAUCUGUUCGACCUGCCAUGUGGAAAAUGAUGCUUAAUAUUGAUGUUUCUGCCACUGCCUUCUACAAAGCACAACCUGUAAUUCAGUUCAUGUGUGAAGUUCUUGACAUUCAUAAUAUUGAUGAGCAACCAAGACCUCUGACUGAUUCCCAUCGAGUAAAAUUCACCAAAGAGAUAAAAGGUCUGAAGGUUGAAGUGACUCAUUGUGGAACAAUGAGACGGAAAUACCGUGUUUGUAAUGUAACAAGAAGGCCUGCCAGUCAUCAAACCUUUCCUUUACAGUUAGAAAAUGGCCAAACUGUGGAGAGAACAGUAGCACAGUAUUUUAGAGAAAAGUAUACUCUUCAGCUGAAGUACCCACAUCUUCCUUGUCUGCAAGUGGGGCAGGAACAGAAACAUACCUACCUGCCACUAGAAGUCUGUAAUAUCGUGGCAGGGCAACGAUGUAUCAAGAAGCUAACGGACAAUCAGACUUCCACUAUGAUCAAAGCAACAGCAAGAUCUGCGCCAGACAGACAAGAGGAAAUUAGCAGAUUGGUAAGAAGUGCAAAUUAUGAAACAGAUCCAUUUGUUCAGGAGUUUCAAUUUAAAGUUCGGGAUGAAAUGGCCCACGUAACCGGACGUGUACUUCCAGCACCUAUGCUGCAGUAUGGAGGACGGAAUCGGACAGUAGCAACACCAAGCCAUGGAGUAUGGGACAUGCGGGGGAAGCAAUUUCACACAGGAGUUGAGAUAAAAAUGUGGGCUAUAGCUUGUUUUGCCACGCAGAGGCAGUGCAGAGAAGAAAUACUGAAGGGUUUCACGGACCAGCUACGUAAGAUUUCUAAAGAUGCAGGGAUGCCCAUCCAGGGCCAGCCUUGCUUCUGCAAAUACGCGCAGGGGGCAGACAGCGUGGAGCCCAUGUUCCGGCAUCUCAAGAACACCUACUCUGGGCUACAGCUCAUUAUUGUCAUCCUGCCAGGAAAGACACCAGUGUAUGCGGAAGUGAAACGCGUAGGAGAUACACUUUUGGGUAUGGCCACACAGUGUGUCCAAGUCAAGAAUGUAAUAAAAACAUCCCCUCAAACUCUCUCAAACCUGUGCCUAAAGAUAAAUGUUAAACUCGGAGGGAUCAAUAAUAUUCUUGUACCUCAUCAAAGACCUUCUGUGUUCCAGCAACCAGUGAUCUUUUUGGGAGCAGACGUCACUCAUCCACCAGCUGGUGAUGGGAAGAAGCCUUCGAUUGCUGCUGUUGUAGGUAGUAUGGAUGCCCACCCAAGCAGAUACUGUGCCACAGUAAGAGUUCAGAGACCCCGACAGGAGAUCAUCCAGGACUUGGCCUCCAUGGUUCGAGAACUUCUCAUUCAGUUUUAUAAAUCAACUCGGUUCAAACCUACUCGUAUCAUCUUUUAUCGGGAUGGUGUUUCAGAAGGACAGUUCAGGCAGGUAUUAUAUUAUGAACUACUAGCAAUUCGAGAAGCCUGCAUCAGUUUGGAGAAAGACUAUCAACCUGGAAUAACCUACAUUGUAGUUCAGAAGAGACAUCACACUCGAUUAUUUUGUGCUGACAGGACAGAAAGGGUUGGAAGAAGUGGCAAUAUCCCAGCUGGAACAACAGUUGAUACAGAUAUUACACACCCAUAUGAGUUUGAUUUUUACCUCUGUAGCCAUGCUGGAAUACAGGGUACCAGCCGUCCUUCACACUAUCAUGUUUUAUGGGAUGAUAACUGCUUUACUGCAGAUGAACUUCAGCUGCUAACUUACCAGCUCUGCCACACUUAUGUGCGCUGUACACGAUCUGUUUCUAUACCUGCACCAGCGUAUUAUGCUCACCUAGUGGCAUUCAGAGCCAGAUAUCAUCUCGUGGACAAAGAACAUGACAGUGCUGAAGGAAGUCACGUUUCAGGACAGAGCAACGGACGAGAUCCACAAGCUCUUGCCAAGGCUGUACAGAUUCACCAAGAUACCUUACGCACAAUGUACUUUGCUUAAAAAGUCCAAGAAUAUUCUCUGAGAGGAAGAACUGAAAGAUGCAUCGACAUACAGCAUAUGUUUCCAGUGGAGUCAGUUGAGUGGGGAUGCCUCCAGCCAUACAGCAACCAACACUGUGUGGGGACCAGGGUCUGAUUUUUAUGUUGAUACAAGGAAGAUUGUUUACUUCAUCAAGGAACACAGCACCAUUAUGCAAUAUGAAACCAGCCAACUGCUUUUUUGUGCGGUCUCCUUAGGAAGUAUCGCCAUUGUUUUGUUUUCACUUUCUUGUAGUCUAACCCUUUUAAUGCCUUUACCUCAAGUUGCUUGGCAGCACAACUAUCUUUGCAAAAAAAAGUAAAGAAAAAGUAAAUGACAGUUUAAAAAAAACACACACCUAUAUGAAUAAUCAAAGUGAUUGUUCACGAUUAUGUGUGCAAAAAAAUUAAUGUGCAUUCGUGUAUUCUUGUAAAAGGUAUCUGUGUAUAUUUUAAAUAUAUACAUGUAUACUUCAUAUGCAUAUAUAUCUGGAUCUACAUUGAUAAUAGAUAUAUAUGUGUUUGUGCGUGUAUUUUAUAGGUCAUUCCUUUGGGGAACUUUCUUUCCCUUUUAUUAUCUUACCAACACCACUUUGAUUUUUCUCUCUACCUCCCUUUCCUUCAUCUCCUACAUUUUUUUUUCCUAAUGCUACCAGUGACAUUCAGAUGUUCAUGUAUCUGGUUCAUUUGGAUAUGAAGCAUGGCAAACUA